AUGUAUCUGCAAGCAGCUAAAAUCCCCCUAAACGUAUGUGCCGUGUUUGACAAUGCUCCGACUUUGGAUGCGAACGAUACAAGCAACGUGGACCAAUUCACUGCGUAUGUUGUUCCGCUCGGUGAUUGGACUGAUGUACAUAAUGACAUCACAGGAUGUCGUGCAACAAGAGCCAAGAAAUCGCGUACACUCUGUUAUACAAGUGGCAUUAGGACACCGGUUCCAUUCUGCCGGCAAUUUCCGCAUUUCUCUGUGUGGACUGAUCCUGGAGUAUUGGCUCCAACUCCGUACAAGAUUCUCUUCAUAUCGAUCCAGAAAGUCUGUUUUAUUUAUGUACCUCAGUCUUCGCGACAAGCAGUCGUCGGAUCACGACCAUGUUGUACGCUUAGAGGUUCAUUUCAAUGUCUUCGCGGACGUGAUCGUUUUCGAUCCCAACAAGUCGGACAGAAUGAAGCCACUGAUGUGGGGAGUCGUGAGAUGAGAAUUCCUGGACUCCAGGGUUUGACUUCGCUCCGAGUCCCCACCCCACGACCUCCAUCCAGCGAAAAUGGCGAAUCAAGACGUCCAAGUGGAGUUGAUGAACGUCGGGACUACUUGACUACCACUUGUCCUUCUUACAACAAACUUGACCCACCUGGCUCGUCAGAUCUCUCGUCUCGUGCCAUAUUGAGCAAGUUUUUCUCUCGCCCUGACGACGAUGCUGAACCUUACCCUUGGCUAAAUGAGCCCACGACUUCGCGCUCUACAACGAGAGCUAUUUCACCGCGUAUUCAGAGUGAAGGACAUCUUUGGGGGAUGUCAUCUUCUUCACGAAUGCCUUCGGAAUUGACAAGACAUCAUGAAUCCUCGACGGAGCAAUCCAUACGCAUGAGAACGGUGAGGAGCUCCUCAUCAGAAUUUCCGGCAACUCGUCCCUCGCCCACAAUGUUCGGAAGAUCAUCAGAAUAUGGGCCUCGUCAAACUGAUCUGAGUGACAGAGGGAACUAUGCUCGACAGUACCCGGAGGCAUCUUUGCCUGCCCAUGAUAGGCGGGAAAGAACUUCGGACCUCUCUGCCCGCAGACCCAUUGCAUCUACCUCCAACUACAUUUUUCCUCCUGGAUCCUCUAGUCGGGAAUCGGGAGAAGAGUUCAGGUGCCGAAACUGCAAUCGAAAGUGUAAAAGCCAGAUAAGCUUUCAAAAGCACGCUGCCUCUUGUACUCAUCGAGAAGGCGAGUCUCUUCUUCCCAACAUACCCGGGCCCCUGACUUUGGAGUGUAGAUACUGUAAGCGACCAUACACUUAUAUUGGAUAUCUUUCAAAGCACGAGGCAGAAUGCGUGAAAACAUUGGGCACUAAAGGAGGCCCAAAUCGUUGA